AUGCAUAUUUUCUAUUAUUUGAUAUCGAUAGCUAUAUUUUCUUCAAAAACAGGAAAGAGUGAAGAAGUAUUCUCCGACGAGCCCCAAACGGAAAUAGAAUACCAACCAAUCGGAGAAGUCAAACCGAAUGAAUCAAAUGCUUCGUCAGUGUUGGAGGUAUCCUCACAGCCUCUCCCGUCGGAGCCACAACACCCUCAAGUUGUCACGCCAGAGCAAGUAACAAAAAUAGAUCCAUCGCAGAGUAUUGCACCUACACCAGUAUCUCAUCAACUCCCUCCAGUUCAGCCGGUGGGCAGCAGGCCUACAGGAAAUGAAACACAACCUCUCCCACCUCCGCUUGUUGAACCAGAGCCACCAGCUAUGCAACCAGCACCAGUUCCAGUCCUUGUGACGUCUUCUUCAACAACGGUUGGAACUUCUGUAACGUCCACCCCUCAGCCGACACCGGUUCCUGUUCUUCAACCAGCACCUCAGCCUGCUCCUGUACCUCAGCCAGCGCCUCAGCCUGCUCCUGUACCUCAACCAGCACCUCAGCCUGCUCCUGUACCUCAGCCAGUACCUCAGCCUGCUCCUGUACCUCAACCAGCACCUCAGCCUGCUCCUGUUCCCGCACCGGUAUCCGCACCUGUUACUCAAUGUCCGAUUCCUGAAUGCAGCUAUCCCUCUGUUUGUAUCCAAGCUGAAGUUUAUGCCACUUGUGUUGCACCUACGUCAUCAACGUCUGCUAACAAUACGUGCGCUACGCCUGGUCCGUGUCUAACAACAUUGACCAAGACAGCAACGGACACAACAACUUUGAUGUUAACUCAGACACAGACCGAAACAAGUACAGCAGUGGCGACUCUUACAAAUACCGAGACAACUACAAAAACCAACACAGCACUGACCACACAGACACGCACACAGACAGAUGUAAUGACCAGCACCUCCACUCUGACAACCACAAACACUGAAGUUGCUACAAGCACACAUCAUACUACAAAGACAAGCACGGCUGUCUUGACAAGGCACGUGCCAGUAACAACCGCUACGACCUUAACAACCACAAGUAUUGGGGUAGUGAAUACCACGAAUACUCACACCUUAACUAGUACAGCUAUUUUGAAAACAACGGAAACAAGCACAGCAGUUGUGACAAGCAUUGCAAACAAAACUAACACACAUACCUUAACAACCACUAAUACGGAUACGGUAACCAGUACAAAACUAGCGACAUCAACAACAACAUUAACAACCACCAGUACAGGUAUAGCAACAAGCACUUUACUGACAACAGCCACAAAAACAAACACUGUUAAUGGGACUAAAUUUGCAACAGAAACUUUGACUAAAACAUUAACUACAACAGCUACAGACACACUGACACAGACGCACAAUGCUACGAAUGUUAUCACUGCGACAACAACUUCUACAGCCAUAGACACAAGUACCGCUACUUUGACGGCAACAAGUACAGCAAAAACUACAGAAACCAUGACAGCCACAAGUACGGCAGUCCUGACACAAACCUUAACAAACACACACAACCAAACAAUAACACAAACUAAAACACUUACAGCAACAUCGACCAGUGUGGUAACCACGUGCAGUGCUAACUGCACCAAGAUAGAGCCAACGCCAAGCCCUUCUCUCAGCACAAGCAUUGUGCCAUCUACAGUGACCCCCCCACCACCAAGAGAAAAAGGUAAGUUAAUUAGGUACUCGCGUGUAACUGUUGAUAACGGAAAUUGUAAUCAAUUAUAUUUGUUGCCAUAUACAUGUAGUGUUUGCCGCUGGUUUUAUAUUUUAUCCACUCGUUUAUAUUAUAAUCUUUAUCAUUUAGACAUACACUGUCCUUUUUUUUGUUUUGUUUUUUUUUGUUGUUCAUCGAAUUCAGGCUGUGCUGUUAACUACACCAAACUUGGAUGCUUCAAAGAUGACAGAAAGAAACCUCGUCCAUUACCCGAGUUACUGUUCACUGAUCGUGAUUCACGCAGUAAGGUUUCUAGCGGCAAGACUAUCGACUGGAAUAACUGGGACAAAUAUAUGGUUGACUUGGUUUGCCGUUGUGCUGAAGCAGCAAAAGACAAGAAGUACGCCUUCUUUAGCCUGCAGUACUUUGGCGAGUGUUGGUCCGGAAAGGACGCUGGAGAGACAUAUAAUAGGGCGGGAACUUCUAACAAGUGUGUUACCAAAGAUUACGACGCAUGUAAUCCAAGUGAUAAACAGGAGUGUGUCGGUGACCAGAACGUCAACUUUGUUUAUGGAAUUGAUGUCAAGGAACCAGUUGUCACUCCAACUCAGCCCAGUUCUCCACCUACUCAGCCCAGUCCUUCACCUACACAGCCACCCUCCACGCCGUCAUGCGAUCAAGCUCUGGAUAUUGGUGUAAUCAUUGAUUCAUCGGAUAGUAUCACGCUUGAUGAUUACAACUUGUGCUUACAGUUUGUGGCUGGCCUAGUAAAGCACUUUAAAGUAUCUCAGGAAGGCACCCAUUUCGGUGCUAUUGUGUUCAGUUCAAUUCCGGAGCUACAAUUCAGCUUUGCAGACAAGCAGUUUUACAAGAGUAAACGUCUAAGAAAAAAGAUAAAGAGUUUCUCUUAUUUGGGUGAAGGAACUAGAACAGACCUUGCUCUAACGCUUGCUAAUAUGGAACUGUUUUCUGAGCAAGGAGGAGACCGGCUCGACAAGCCUGAUGUUCUAGUUGUUAUUACUGAUGGUAAGACAAACGUGCAGUUAAGCCAACCAUAUUCAGAAGUUUUAAAACCACUUCAGGCAAGUAUAUUUGGUUAUAAUUGUUUUUACCAAGACACAUUUACCUUAGAAGAGAAUGGAAAGCUAGAAAUCACUUUUUAUGCAAAGAAUGUUCGGGUCUUAGCUGUUGGCGUUGGAAAGAAUGUGGAUAAAAAGGAACUGAAAACUAUAGCUAUGAACGACGGCAAUCACGUGUUCAGAGUUACAAAGUACAAAGAUCUUGUUAAAAUUCUUGACGCUCUUCUUAAGGAAUCUUGUCAACAAGUACCAACAGCACCACCUCCUGCUAUUAGCGGAACAUCGCCUUCAACCCCAGCUGCAAGCCUUCGGAAGUGUAACAUUGAGUACCAAAAGCUUGGUUGUUUUGCCGAUAAGGAGUUGAAUAAUCCUACAGCUCCACUUUCUGAAAUGAUGUUAAAAGAAGCUAAUGAAAUCGACUGGUACAAAUGGAGUGCCUGGCUACCCGAUUUUGUCUGCAGGUGUGCCAACCUAGUUUAUGAGAAGAAUUACAAUGUGUUUGGAGUUCACAUGUACGGAGAGUGCUUGUCUGGAAUUAAAGCUGGUGAUACAUACAGUAUGUACGGUGCCUCAGAACAGUGCAUCGAUACUCUUCAACAGCCAUGUGGUGUCAACAGCGUUGGAGAGUGCGCGGGAGACCAAAACUCCAAUUACGUCUAUCGCAUUGUUAUUUCUCAAGGUUGGUUGACAUCAAUAAGUAAUUACUUCUUUGCACCUAUUUCUUCUUUAGUACCAACAGCACCACCUCCUGCUAUUAGCGGAACAUCGCCUUCAACCCCAGCUGCAAGCCUUCGGAAGUGUAACAUUGAGUACCAAAAGCUUGGUUGUUUUGCCGAUAAGGAGUUGAAUAAUCCUACAGCUCCACUUUCUGAAAUGAUGUUAAAAGAAGCUAAUGAAAUCGACUGGUACAAAUGGAGUGCCUGGCUACCCGAUUUUGUCUGCAGGUGUGCCAACCUAGUUUAUGAGAAGAAUUACAAUGUGUUUGGAGUUCACAUGUACGGAGAGUGCUUGUCUGGAAUUAAAGCUGGUGAUACAUACAGUAUGUACGGUGCCUCAGAACAGUGCAUCGAUACUCUUCAACAGCCAUGUGGUGUCAACAGCGUUGGAGAGUGCGCGGGAGACCAAAACUCCAAUUACGUCUAUCGCAUUGUUAUUUCUCAAGGGGCACAGAUAGAACCAUCACCAGUUCCUACCAUAACAGAACCUAAAGUCAAAUUAGUAACGGGUGAGGUUAUUGAGGACUGUCCUGUUGACUUCAGUAAGAAAGGUUGUUUUAAUGAUUUACAAGCUGGUUUAAGACCAUUACCUCAACUGAUGUUCACUGAUCUCGACAACAGUACAGCUCAGUACAGCGGCUUCCCCGUGGAUUGGGGAAGCUGGGAUGCUUACUUAGAUGAUGUAGUUUGUCGAUGUGCUCAGGUUUCAAAGGCAAAAGGAUUUAACUUAUUUGGAAUUGGGAACUUUGGGGAAUGUUGGUCAGGAGAAGGCUCCGAAAAAACAUACCGCAAAGACGGCUCUUCUGAAUAUUGCAUCACUAAGGAAUUUGCUCAAUGUGAUACAAAGGGCGUAAAUGUUUGCAGUGGAAACAAAACAACUACGUUCGUCUACAGUAUACAAGAGAAUCACAAUAUUCAGCAAGCGGAGGCUUGCUUCACGCAGUUCGAGAAUGUCGGAUGCUUUGCAGACAAAAAUAUUCCUCCCCGUCCAAUACCAGAACUCAUCUUUACGGACAUGAAUCAGAGUUCACCCAAAUACAGUGGCAAAGACGCCCAGCUAGGGGAACUGGAUACCUACCUUGGUGAAGUACUCUGUAGAUGUGCUGAACGAGCUCAAGAGCUUGGGUACCAGUACUUUGGAGUACAAAAUCAUGGCGAGUGUUACUCGGGACCAAAUGCUGGGCAGACCUACAGUAAAGAUGGAUCGUCGAAGCAGUGUAUAUCGAGAGACUUCCAACAGUGCCCUGCAGAAAAACCUGGCAGUAAAGGCGUUCGGCAAGACUGCGUUGGAGUAAAAGACUCUAACUAUGUUUACCUUAUUAGUAAUGUUAAGUUAGAGAGUAAAAAGGAUGCUGUUAAAAACCGCAUCUAAGAAAUCCAUCAAUAGCAGAUCAAAAACGUGGUGAUUAAAUGUAUAUAUGUAUCUUGUCACCAAGCUCGAGGACCACACUUAGAGAAUAUCCACCUGAGGUCUAGCAGUACGGUCUAAGCGCACUGCGAUCCAUACAAAAAAGAGAAAGGGUCUAUUUUCUCCCAGUAAGGACCCAAGCAAGCUUGGGAUAAUAAGAGAAUUAUUACGCGACUGAAAAUGUUUAGAAAAUCUACCAUGAUCAGGAAGUAGCUAGAAAGGCAUCGUAGACUUAAAACCCCCAACUUUGGCUGAGAGCAGAUUUACUGUUUACUGAAGUCUGAUGUUUUCAAAAAACGAAAGACGAAAGUUUGAAGAAAAAGGAUUCUCUUACUUAUAAGUUAAUUCUUUGAAACGCAAACCAUAAAAGCAAAACUAAAACGAAGACAAAUACUGAAAAAAAUGCAAGACACCUCCGCAUGGGAUAAUUGGUGAGUGUCCGUUCCAAACCUUGAUCAACAUUGGACCGGCAAAGGAGCAGCCUGAUUGGUUGAUGCCAGUUAUUUACCCUCUAAAAUAACUUAGUUUUGUAACUAUUGGCGGCCGGCCCACUUUCUCAUGUUGCAAACAUGAGAAGUCUAGUUCUUUCAACGUUUGCUUGCUUUUCUUGUAGAAAAUGUAAAUCAUUCUUUCGUUUCACUAUUUUCAGCCUCACUACGUGCAACUGUAUAAUUUGGAAUGUAAUUGGAGGGCACACGUUCAGAUCUUUGCUCGACUCUUGAGCCCCAGAAUGAUUAAUGCGAGACGUUUAAUUGACGGAAAAUGUGGUGCUGUUUGUAGGUAAUAAGGAAAGAGUAGCGAAUGAUAUUAUAUAUACUGUAAAAUUACCGAAAUUAUUUCUGAAAACACUAACUUACCUUAUUAUUCAGAUAAUAAGCGAGGAAUAUAUUUUUUAAUGAUUUUAUUUGUUGAAGUUGAUGUAGAAUAUUCAUCACAAUCCUAAUAGUUAUUUGUUUCUGAAAAUUUGAUCUAAAGGCCUAAAUCAACAGGUUUUGAAAAUAACAAGUGACCGGUAUGAUGUUUAUAUUGCGUGUUCUGCGACAAGGAUGAUUGUAUCUUAUGUUCAUCUCGAAAGGAACAUGCAAAUAGCUUUAUACACCGAAAUUAAUGAGAUGUAAUCCCAGUAAUGAAAAAUAAAUUGUGUUUAUAAAACUAUUCUUUGAAACUUUGAUCCAUUGGUUGAGUGUCCCAUACAACAUUUCAGUAACAAAACCAAAACCGCCCUGUAAUGUUUCUAAGGAGGAAAAUUAAGCUUCCUUGUCUUGAUGGACUCUAAAACAUUCCCUUAUUGCUGAACCUACAAAAAUGGAAAUAUGUUAUUACGGUGGUGAAAUUGAAGGAAGUUUUACAUGUCUUAUUAUAUUUUUUGGCCGUCCAUUUUUAUUAACGAAUUGAGGAACACGCUUGCAGAUAUUUGUUUUCCUUCUUCGGUCCUCUUCAGGUUAUUACUGAAUUUAUAAACUUUUCACCCGGUCUGUAGUAUGGAGUAAUGACAUCGGCCAAUACCAAAAGAUCUAUGCUGUUACCAGAAAACGUGAACAGAAGCAAACUAGUAGUUGAAACCAGGCUUUUCAAUAAUGUUCAGGACUUAAUUUGCACUUAGUAUUGGACCAGACCAGAAUAGCAAAAUACUCGACCGCGCGUGAACACAUCCCUACGAGCCUCUAUAUAGACUAACUACCUUCAACGCUGAGUGUGUGGGAGACACGUCCGUCUCAGAGGUAUAGUGAGUCUGUGAUAAAGCCGAAGCUCUGCACUCACGUUGCAAGUUUUGGUACAUUUCUCAGCCUACCUUGAAUGAAUGAAUAAAUGAAUGAACCUUCGUAAACAACGGCAUAAAAUGACCAAAAUUCGUUCAAUGUUUAGCUGGAGGGUUGCUCCGAUCCUUGAAGAUGCAAUGCACAGUGUUUUGUUAGACAUUGCAUCAGCAUUGCCGUGGAAGUUACUAAGCUCCCUUUUUGCACUGAUCGGGAAUUUUGCAUUGUCCAGUCUGUCUAACAAGAGCUUGAGUUGUCGACACAUGGGAUUUAUGGGCUUUUAUCCAUCUCGCUGUACUAAAACGGCGUCUAUCUAUAUAUGGCAACUCUCCCGGAUACGAAGGAAAGCGUCUAAAGUACAUUUUUCAGACUAGUAAUACCGCUAUCGUAAAU